CGCACUGUUUAUGUGAUACCAGGUUGCGCGCAUAAGUUCAAAGUCUACAAAAUGGCCGCCGGUGCGAUAUGAUAGAGUUUCGCAUUCGAUUUGAUAACUAAAACGUCAACAACCUGUGGAAGUUAAGAGUGGUGGUACAAAUCUUCUACAUUGUGAUGGUCGUCUUUGAUGACUGUGAAAAUCAGUUCUUCGAAGGUGGACAGUUCCAAAAUACAGAGCUAUGAAUGUCGGGCUGGUUUUAGUGAUGCUUGUCUCAGCCAUAACCUGCUGUGCAGCCAUUCAAUGCUACGAUUGUACGGUGACAGCGGUCGGGGGUGGCGAUCCAAAGUGCGAUGACCCAUUCUAUGACCUAGAACCUCCCUACAUGAAAGACUGCGACUCCGAAGUCUACAAGAAAUGCCGGAAAACCAAGACGUUCUUGGCCAAUAACAAGAUCAGCAUUGUCCGCGCAUGCGCUGAGCAGACUUGCUCAGACAAGGGCUGCAAGACGUACGAUGGCCAAACAGUGUGUGACCACUGUUGCUAUGGAGAUUUGUGCAAUGGCGCACGCGUGUUGACCUUUGACACAGUUGUUAUUGUUACUGCCGUCGUUUUGGCUUUUUUUUACUGAAGUUUAAAUGAGGAGUUGUAUUUUACACUGUAGGCCUUUUUGCUUGAAUUUCGUGACAAGCAUCAGAGUGAAUAAUGAAAAUGUUCACAAAAAUUUGAAAAGGAUUUGCGUAAAUUAAUAGGUAACAUGACUGAUUAAUGUGGAAACGUAACAUAACCUGAGGUUAUUUAAGAGACAUUGACUUUUGUCAUCGUGUGUGUGGGUUUGUAUAUAUGGGAGCGAAACCAUCAUGCCGUAGGAAAGUUCAACCUCCAUUAAACAAUUUCGGUGACGUCACACUACUAUUGCUCAAAAUGUGAAUACUUGAACCUCGCCAUUAUUUUAUAAUGUAUAUAGUUUGUGAACUUUUUGAUUCUUGAAUUUUUGACCAUGCAUUAAACUUUAAAAGAAUAAUAGGUAAUUAAAAAGAUACCUUAUGUAAACAAGUAUAAAUAAAUUUCACAAUUUGCCAGUUAAGGGCAUUCAAUGUUUUUACUGUACAAAAUAAUUCUCAACAUUCAGUUUUAGAUGGUAUGGUAUCUGUACGACGAAACCAUCAAUUUUUAUUUAUUAAAUUCUACCUGACCCUUAGUAUGGGUUAGGUCUUGAUAAGUG